AUGGGCAUGAUCCCUGCUCGCAAGGCAGUAGCCAUCCCAGUAAAAUCAGGCCAGACCCUCACAGUAACCAACACGCAUGGCAAACAAGUCGUAGACUUCUGGGCCUUCGACCCUUCCGAUACAAACGGGUACCUGUCCAUGAUCCAUACAAGAACAAUCCUCGGAAAAGCGUCCUUGUCCAAGGGAGACAAGUUGUACUCGACUCGCAGAAAGCCCAUUUUGACGCUGACGGACGAUACGACUCCUGGCGUACAUGACAUGCUGUGGGCAGCUUGUGAUACAGAGCGAUAUCGCAUGUUGGGUUAUGAUGGGUAUCAUGAUAACUGCACUGAUAACCUGCACAAAGCACUUAAGGAAAAUUUCCCUAGUAUCCGGACUGCGGAUGACUGGGUUCCCGAUCCUCUCAACCUCUUCAUGAAUGUGAGUGUUGGCUCUGAUGGCGCGCUGGAAAUCAAGGCUCCGGUAAGCGAGAAGAACCAAAACUCCCAAGAGAGACUCAGCAUGCCCAUCCUAUCAUUCGGAAACGAAGACCUGAAAGUCACACCCGCAGCUCCAGAGAACUGGACAUUCACCGCAGGGGAUACCAUCAUCGGCACGGUAUUGAAGGUUAUAUUUUCGAACGACCCGUACAUGAGAUACGAACCACAGCCUCAUCACCCUCACUACGACCCGACACCAAGGAUUAGCCCAGGUCGCUGUGCCGUCGACAAGCAAAUCUUCAUUCCCAAAGAAGGUCUUCUUUUCGAGGGUUCUCUUCAUAUCCAGGAAGGUGCUGAGCCGAAGUCACGGCCUUUUUAA